AUGAUUCCGUUGGAAGGUGACUCUACUACUGGUUUGAAUCUUCCGAAUUUCGACGUGUUUUCUCACACAUGUCCAGCGUUGCCCUUGUUUGUACUUUUCCCUAUAUCUUUGAAGGUGAACUCGUUAUUCGCUCUCCAAUAUCGAAAGAACAACAUGUCGCGGAAUAUUAUUCCCUAUGGAUUCAACGAGGCUGAAUUCGCGGCCAUCCUCAAGCCGCAAAAGACGCAUUAG